AUGGCGGAUUCAGAUAACGAAUCAGGAGGUCACCACAACUCCCAAAACGAAAGCUCUCUUAGGGAGCAAGACAGGUUCCUUCCAAUCGCAAAUGUGAGCAGAAUCAUGAAAAAAGCUCUUCCUGCUAACGCAAAGAUAUCAAAGGACGCUAAAGAAACAGUCCAAGAGUGCGUAUCCGAAUUCAUCAGCUUCAUCACCGGUGAGGCAUCGGAUAAGUGCCAAAGGGAAAAGAGAAAGACAAUCAACGGCGACGAUUUGCUUUGGGCUAUGACGACACUUGGAUUCGAGAAUUAUGUCGAGCCAUUAAAGAUUUACUUGCAGAGAUUUCGUGAUAUGGAAGGGGAGAAGACUGCGAUGACUGGAAGAGGAGAAAAGGAGAUUGGAGAUAGUGGGGGGAAUGGCAGUGUUGUGAAUAUGGGAAAUAGUGGGGGUGGAUAUGAAGGGAUUUAUGGUAUGAUGGGGCAUCAAGGACACCUGUACGGUUCCGGAGUGUAUAAUCAGAUGGCCGGUGGUGGUGGAUCCGGGAAGGUUGGGUCGGGUUAUCAUAUGGGCUCUGGGCCGUCUGCUGCUACAGGAAGGCCCAGGUAG